CGCACGCUCGCUCGGCCAUUCGUCGUCCGGCGCGCGUCCGAGACACUCAGGAACAUCGGGAGUCUCUCUCCUCUCUCUCUCUCACACUCUUUCUCCUUUACGUUUUACCCGUGUCUCACCCGUACAUACACACGCGCACCCACAACCAACCCGUUCACGAUGUCUGGACUCGCGGAUCCCGUGGCGUUCGCCAAGGAUUUCAUAGCCGGCGGCGUGGCCGCGGCCAUCUCCAAGACCACCGUCGCGCCCAUCGAGCGCGUCAAGUUAUUGCUGCAGGUACAGCACAUCUCCAAGCAGAUCGCCGCGGAUAAGCAAUACAAGGGUAUGAUCGAUUGUUUCGUUCGUAUCCCACGCGAACAAGGAUUCCUCAGUUACUGGCGCGGUAACUUCGCCAACGUUAUCAGAUACUUCCCAACGCAAGCCUUGAACUUCGCCUUCAAGGACAAGUACAAGCAGGUUUUCCUCGGUGGCGUUGACAAGAACACUCAGUUUAUGCGUUAUUUCCUUGGAAAUCUCGCAUCUGGUGGUGCUGCCGGAGCCACGUCUCUGUGCUUCGUCUACCCACUCGACUUUGCCAGAACCAGGUAAAUUACAAUAGUUUCCU